AAGAUGUGGGUCACCCUUUCAUUACUUUAAACACCAAUGUUUUGUUUUGUUUCGAUCUUUCUGAAUUCUGAUACCCUUUUGGCUCUUCUUUUUUGUUGUUUUCACACAGAACCCUGUUGUGCAAAUAAUGUGAUCCGAUUGCCUUUGCAGGCUUUCUUUGUUUUCUUUCCAUCAUGCAUUUGUUGUGAAAUCUUGACUAAAAGACACCUUUUUCGGCUCUGAUUUUGUGAAAAAGUCUCCACAUUUUCUUGUUUUUCCAACAUUAGAAAGCGAAACUUUCGAUGAUUUUUUAACAAAUUGGCUAAUUGGGUGUCUUUAAUUUGGGUAAAGUUUGCUGCUUUUUGUCUUGGUUUCUUGAAAUAUGAUGAAUAAAUUGGAGUUUGUUUGUGGGUAUUUAUUGUUCAAAGAUCUGAUCAUAUAGGCAUAGUGGGGGGCUCUCAUUUUGGGUAAAUCUUGUUGUUUGGGACCCACAUUGUGGGUUUCUUGAAAAAUGAUGAAGAGGCAAAAGAGUGGUAGAGUUGUGCUUAUUGCAGUGAAAGCAUCAAGAGAAAUAUCAAGAAAUGCUUUGAUUUGGGCUUUGACCCAUGUUGUUCAGCCUGGUGAUUGUGCUAAAUUGCUGGUGGUCAUCCCUACUCACACUUCAAGUCAUAAGUUAUGGAAAUCUCUUCAGGGUGAUGUUCGGGACCAGAAGGAAGAUAUCACCGAAUCAUGCUCCCAAAUGAUGCUACAGUUACAUAGUAUAUACGAUCCCGACAAAAUAAAGAUGAAGAUCAAGGUCAUUUCCGGCACCCCUCAUGGAAUAGUGGCUGCUGAAGCAAAGAAAACCGAAACACAGUGGGUUGUUUUGGAUACGAACUUGAAAAAAGAGGCAAGAGCAUGCAUAGAGGAUCUAGAAUGCAACGUUGCCGUGAUAAAAAAAUCCGGUCCAAAAGUACUUCGCCUGAAUUUGAUCGGAUCACCAACAAAACAAGUCGAGAAUUCGGAUUCUUGUUUACAAACACCAACGAAUUGUUUCAAAGAAAAUGAACUCAUUUGUGAUACUACCAAAGUCCCAAACGUAACACCUGUAAGCAGCCCCGAACAUUCGUCUUUCACCACUACUGAUCGCAACACUUCUUCGUUAUCAAGUUUAGAUCUAGACUUUUCUCCGUUUUUGGUUGCGGAUCAUGAUUGGGACACAAAGAAACACACGACUCUUCACGAAUCUGAUCCCGAUUCCGAUUCUGAUCGUGAAAACACGAGUUCCUCGCCUUCAACAAGCUUUUGUUCACCAUGGUUGGACGAUGUCAAUCCAAUUACCGACGCAUUACGUGUAAAAUUCUCGGAGCUUGACCACAGACCCGAAAAGUCAACCAAAUGUGCGAGGGAGAUGGUUCCAGUAACGAGAUACCUGCAGCAUAAAUCUCCGUCGCUCUGUUCGAUCUGUCAAGAUAAAGCACCGGUGUUCGGAGCACCACCAAAAUGGUUCGGUUUUAACGAGCUUGAAUACGCUACGAAUGGGUUUUCGGAAGCUAACUUCUUGGCAGAAGGUGGAUUUGGAUCUGUACAUCGAGGGGUUCUGAAAGAUGGUCGAAUGGUUGCGGUCAAACAGCAUAAACUCGCUAGUUUUCAAGGGGACAACGAGUUUUUCUCCGAAGUUGAGGUUUUAAGCUGUGCACAGCAUCGUAACGUUGUCAUGCUGAUCGGAUUUUGUGUAGAGGAUGGUCGACGGUUGCUUGUUUAUGAAUAUAUUUGCAAUGGUUCACUAGAUACUCACCUCUAUGGGCAGAAUCACGGGCUAUUGGAAUGGUCUGCGCGACAAAAGAUUGCGAUUGGAGCUGCUCGAGGGUUAAGAUACCUUCAUGAAGAAUGCAGAGUGGGCUGCAUUGUUCAUCGCGAUAUGCGUCCAAAUAAUAUUCUCCUUACUCAUGAUUUCGAAGUAUUGGUUGGAGAUUUUGGACUUGCAAGGUGGCAACCCGAUGGCGAAACCUGUGAGGAAACUAGGAUAAUUGGAACAUUUGGGUACUUGGCUCCAGAAUACGCUCAAAGUGGUGAAAUCACUGAAAAGGCGGAUGUGUAUUCGUUCGGGGUUGUGUUAGUUGAGCUCAUUACCGGACGAAAAGCGGUUGAUAUAAACCGGCCAAAGGGCCAGCAAUAUCUUACUGAAUGGGCCCGGCCAUUGCUCGAGGAGGCUGCCAUUGCUGAGUUGAUUGAUCCACGGCUUGGAGACAAUUACUCGGAGCGAGAGGUUCGAUGCAUGUCACAUUGUGCACGGUUGUGCGUUGCACGGGACCCACAUUCGAGACCUCGAAUGUCUCAGGUUCUUUGGAUGUUGGAGAAUAAUGAUAUUAUCAAGUGAUCAAUAUGUACUAUGGUGUGACAUUAGCAACCAUUUUAUGGCAUUUAGUGGAAUACUUGUACAUAUACAUUUAUAUACACAAGUAAAAAAUAUUUCAUUUUACAUGCAUUA